UAUAAACGCUGAGGAAGUAGAUUUGUCCGAUGUCAACUUGCCCUGAUAUGCAAAUUCAGUCGACAGUAUGUAAUAUUUUUCAUGACUUAAACAAUAAUCGACAAGAAGUGCUAUAAACAGUCAUGCCAGCUCAGCCGGCUGCCAGAGAACCAGAGGAGGAGAUGGAGACAGAGGCCGACCCUGAGGUUCCUCAAACUAACGGUGAGGUGGAGGAGGAGCGAGAGGGAGGAGAUGCAGAGGAGACAAUGGAGGAGAGUGGAGAGGAGCGGGACAGCGACCUGGAGGAGAGUGAGCCAGAGGAGGAAGAGGAAGAAGAGGAAGAAAGCUCAGAAAUGGAUGAUGAAGAUUAUGAGAGAAGACGAUUACAGUGCCUAGAUGAAAUGUCUGACCUGGAAAAACAAUUCCUGGAGUUAAAAGACAAGCUUUUUCAAGAACGUCUGAACCAGGUUAAAAUGAAGCUGGACGAGGUUAUGACAAGAAAGGCGGGAGAGUACAGAGAACCCUUGGCAACACUGCAGCAGAACCUACAGCAGAGGACACAAGUGGCAGGUGUGUAUAGAGAACUUUGUCUGCAAGUGGUCAGACACAAACAUGAAUGUGAAGUGCAGGGGGCAAGACAGCAUCUAGAGAGUGAGAGGACACUCUUGUUUGAUGCCAUGAAAACAGAGUUGUUGGAGAAGAUCCGCAGACUGGAGGAGGACAAACAGAGCAUAGAUAUCACCUCAGCGCCUUUCCCAAGCUCAAGGAUGCUUCACAGUAACAAGUGGUGGAAUGAUGACGUUAGGAUGAAGAAGUGUAAGAGAAGGAGUCACCUGAUUCGCCCAGACAGGAAGAAGAAGACAGCUCUUGUGUCAGGGCCAUACAUAGUGUAUAUGCUAAGAGACAUUGACAUACUAGAGGACUGGACAGCCAUCAAGAAGGCAAAAGUGGCACUGAUGCCCCUGAAGAAAAAAGCAGACAACAGGCAGGUGCCCGUGCGAUGUGAAGGUGGGGAUCUCUUCUAUGAUGGAGAGAGAUUCUCCAAAGGCAGCAGUGUCGUUCUAGAAGUCAAUGACGACAGCCCAGCACAGGCCGUAAUAACAGGGAUCAGCACAGGCGAGGUCUGGUUCAAGCGCACAGAUGGCACCAAAACCAAAAUAUACGUCUCCCAACUUCAGAAAGGCAAAUACACCAUACAAAAAGCUUAGAGUAGAUAAACAUUACACUCAGAGAGUGUGUGAAUCUACCCUUUAAUAAUUAACACUCAAAUUCAUCAACACAUUUAGAACAGCUUGUAAAAAUCCAAUCUAAUGCUAUGCACUGGUAUUGAUCAGACCAGAGGACUUUAUGUGCAGUGACUUAUAAUUUUGCCCUUUUUUCUAUACAUAUUUCAUGAUUAAUAUGAUAAUAAGAGGGAUCUGGUUCCAGAUCAACGCUGUUGGUGACAAGUAGGCAAUUUCUGGUGCAGCUAAAGUUUAAUUCAGACACAACAUGGACAUACAAAACCUAUUGACCAACUGCUAACAGACCUUAUGAAGUCUUUCUGUACCAUAAUACUUUGAGUUCUUCACACUGAAUACAUUCAUAAUACUUCAUACUGACCUUAUAUCAAAUCUGAUACACAUUCAGAUCAUUGUGGGUUUGUUUGUUUGUCUUUGUCAUUUAAAAUUAUUAUAAAAGUCCAUUUCAUGUACACUAAAGACACCACAUGGGCGAAAAGGACUGCACUCACACAUUGGAUCUUUUCUGUCUUAUGUUGCAAAAACUGCUUCUUUAAACUGAUCUUGGAUCUGAUUUUAAUAGCUAAGGUUUGUAUUUUAGAAGGAAGCAGAUCAGGACUCAGUGAAAUGUGCUGUCUCUACCCAGAACACAAGAAAACACAAUCCAACACCUUUAAUUGUGAUUGCACUCAGAAAAAACAAGAGAUGUAACAUUUUUUGUCAUUACAUUUUGAAAGACUGUUAUUGUAAUACAUAGUAUUUAUAGACAUGAUCUGAAACAGAGGGUGCUUUUUAAAACUUAUUUAUGAAGUGUUGAAGAUAAUCAUGUAUUUAUAACAAGAA